AUGGCUGAAGACGAGGACGCCGAGAUCGCCUCGCACCAGCAGGUGUUUGACACCGCCGAGCUACUGGAGCAGAUUCUGCUGGCGCUACCACUCAAAGACCUUCUACUCGACCAGUGCGUUUGCAAGACUUGGAAGAAUUGCGUUGACAAUUCGAUCAAGCUGCAGAGGGGACUGUUCUUUCGACCUGCUGGAGAGAUGGCGGUGGAGGAGUACGAGUUUGACAUGCGACGAUUCGGCUUUGUCCUGCCCCGUUACGAGACACGCUAUCGGGUGUCGACCAGAGUCUGCUUCAUCAACCCCAUCCUCGUGACCAAGCUCGGAUACGAUGGGAUCGCACACCUCAUCGUCGGCGAACUUGACGAGACGGAGUUGCCCUCGAGCUUGCUACACCCCCAAGCAUCAUGGCGCCGCAUGUUGGCCAUACAGCCUCCUUUACCUGCAAUCAUGCUGGAAGGUCCACCCGACAUGGUCGCCACGCGAGUCGACGGUUGUUUGGCGAUCUGGAGAGGCAGCUGA